ACAGUCUUCCUUUUCACAGUUGCUCACUCACUCACUCAGUCUCCAUAAACUUCUCCUCUCUGGUCUCUAUCCAAAGCCCACAACCCCUUUUCUCCUCCGAGAACGCCGUUUCUGGCAAAUACUUUUUGUGCAUUUCUAAUCUUCUUGUUUGUUUCUUGGAAAAAAGUUUUCGGGAAAAAGAAAAAGAAAAAUCACUACUUGGAACAUUCUUCAGUCUAUUCGUUUGCUUAUUUUUCUUGGAAAUAUUUUACUCGGAAACAGUCAGAUCUUUGGCUUCUCUCACUCUAGAAGCCCAAUUCAUUAAAUCUGUGAUUUAUGUGUGUGACUGUGUGGCAUGUUCCUUCUAGAUUUAUCAUUUGUUUCAGUUUUGGUUUUUCUUCUCCUCUUGUUCUUCCUUCCUUUAUUUAUUAAUUAAUUUUUGUUUUAAUUUUGACUUUCUUCCCCAGUAUCAUUGUCUAGACUUGACCCUGAAAAUGAUUGCAGAACUGGUAAGUGGUAACACGUUGGCCUAAUUUUGGGUCCCAUGUGUGCUAACAGUUUCAAUAUCAGAACCCAUUUUUCUCUUAUCUACCACCAUUAAAAUAUGCAGAUAGUCUAUGCCAUCCAAUUUCCCAUUUUUGGUUACUUAGAUAUUCAUUAAUCUUCUUUGCCUGGUCAAAUAUGUUGGAUGCCCUCAUGCCUAUUUUGUUUACUGGCCCAAUAGAGAACAUUUGAUAUUUUGGUUGUGGUCAAGUUGGUACUCUAUACUGGCUUUUUGAAUUUCUGGCUUCUUCACUGCCCCUUUCAGGUACCAAACUCUGAAUAUUUAGUUCCCUCUUGAAUUGUAUCUGAUUCAUAGUCAUAGUCAUUGUUUUCUGCUUGAUUAUAUCAUACUGCCCUUCAAAUUCCUGUAUUUAGACCAGAUUUUUCCUAAUAAUUUUUGAAGUGUGAUUCAUUAGCCUUGAAUUUUUAUCAGUGAUUAACUACCCCUUGAAUGAUUCCUGGUCUUGAAUCUUUCUUAUUUUGUUCUUUACAUUCUCAGUUUUGAACAUCAUGAAAUGCACCUAUCUUUUCCCUUUGUCUUUCCCUCAUAAUUUGCAAAUUUGAAGUUCAAUGGCCUUAAUAUUUACUGAUUAUUUGGUGGCUUUGUAAGCUUCUUGUUUUUUUUGCAUAGCUAAGCAUAUGAAAUAUGCUUAAACGGAACAAAUUCUUCCAUAUUUCACCUUUUCUGCUAUUUGUCUCUACUGGGUUCUUUCUAUUUCAUGUUGUCCUCUCAACAAUUCCCUUAGGUUCGAAACUUUCUACAGAGGAAAAUAACUCAUGGGUUUCUUCCAAUGGCGAUUUUGCUAUUGGGUUCUUUAACCGUGCUGAUGAGCCUAAUCAUUAUAGUGUUGGAAUUCACUUUAAUUCAGAAUCCAUUCCUGUUAGUGAACAAACUAUGGUUUGGGUUGCUGGAGCUGAAAUCACAGUUGGUAACAAGUCCUAUUUCCAGCUUUCUCAAACUGGGGAACUGGUUUUGGUUGAUUCCUUGAAGGGAGUCAUUGUGUGGACCAGUAAGACAAGCCAAUCUGCUGUUGUUUCAGCUCUUCUUCGUGAUGAUGGCAAUCUUGUUCUACUGGAUAAAAUGGGGACUGUUGUUUGGCAAAGCUUUGACAAUCCUUCUGACACACUUCUUCCGGGCCAGAAUUUAUCUGCUCAUAAAACACUUAGAGCUGCAAGCAAAAAUUCUGUGUCAAGUUACUACAGUCUUUACAUGAAUGCUUCAGGCCAGUUACAGUUAAAGUGGGAAAGUGAUGUAAUAUACUGGACUGGUGGAAAUCCAUCAUCAUCCAACCUCAGUGCUGUCUUUACCUCCGGUGGAAUUCUGCAACUUGUGGACCAAAUUUUGGAGCCCAUAUGGUCCGUCUUUGGAGAAGAUCACAAUGACACCGUAAAUUUUCGAUUGCUAAGGCUAGAUGUUGAUGGUAAUCUGCGGAUGUACUCUUGGGAAGAUGCUUCAAAGUCAUGGAGAUCAGUCUGGCAAGCUGUUGAGAAUCAGUGCAAUGUCUUUGCAACAUGUGGCCUGCAUGGCAUCUGUGUUUUCAAUGCAUCAGGAUCCCCUGAAUGCCAUUGCCCAUUUAAGAUGACAUCUGAUCCUAAUUCAAAAUGUUUUGCACAUGAUUGUAAAUCUGCUUUCAGUAUGGUUAAAUAUGAGCACACGUUUCUUUAUGAGAUUUAUCCGCCUAGUGAUUCAGUCAUCAUAACUAGUCUACAGCAAUGCAAAAACUUGUGCAUGAAGAACUCAGUUUGUACAGCUGCAACCUUCACAAAUGAUGGAACUGCUGAAUGCCGAAUGAAGACAACUCCUUACUUCUCAGGGUAUUCAGGCCCUUCUUUAAGUCCAGUAUCUUUUGUUAAGACCUGUGCAGACCCAGUAGCUGUUGAUCCCCAUGCUGCAAGUUCUUCUUCAGCAAAAUCUCCAGCCAAGAAUUCUUAUAGAUUGUGUAUUCCUUGUCUAGUUGGAGCUGCCUCAGGUACAUUUGUUAUAUUUGCUGUGAUGCAGUUAGCACUUGGCUGCUACAUCUAUACAAGAAGAAAUUUGAUUUGGAAGAAAGCUGCCUUGGCCUAUGCGGGCAGUAAUUCAAAGGGUUUGAUGAUGUUAUCCUUUGCUGAAAUCAAGGAAAUCACAGGAAAUUUCAAGCAUCAAAUUGGGCCAAGGAUGUAUAGAGGUGUGCUUCCAAACCACCAGCCAGUAGCAGUUAAGGACUUGGAAACAACUAUAGAAGAAAGGAAGUUUCGAGCUGCUGCUUCAAAAAUAGGAAGCAUACAUCACCGAAACUUGGUGAAGCUUAAUGGCUAUUGUUGUGAGUUAGGUCAAAGAAUUUUGGUCUAUGAGUAUGUCAAAAAUGAUUCUGUGGAGAAAUAUAUGUUAGAUGAGGAGUUGAGCAAGAAACUGACUUGGAGAAGGAGAGUUGACAUAUUCUUAGGUGUGGCAAGAGCUAUUUGUUAUUUACACACAGGAUGUAGGGAGUUUGUAAGCCAUGGAAAUUUGAAGUGUGAAAAUGUAGUCUUGGACAAAAAUUUCGAGGCCAAGGUGAGUGAAUUUGGGUUGGGGAUGGUUCAUCCUGACACAUCACGUAUUCGAGAGAAAGAUGUGGAGGAUUUUGGCAAGAUAUUGUUGACAUUGGUAACUGGGUGUCUUCAGGUGGAGGAGGUUUGUGAGUGGGCUUAUAAGGAAUGGAUCCAGGGUCACCCAGAGAGGGCUGUGGAUAACAGAAUUGAUGAUGGUAUUGAUUUACAGGAGUUGGAGCGAACAUUGAGAACUGCAUUUUGGUGCCUUCAAACAGAUGAACGAAUGAUACCUUCAAUGAGUGAGGUAGUGAAGGUACUGGAGGGCACAUUGACAGUUGAUCCCCCACCGCCUCCUUUCACUAGCCGGAGAUUACCAGCAGAAGAAGAGUCAUUGGAGUCAGGCUCAGAACCAUAAGUCCAACUGAACUAUGAUGAUCUAUUUUAUUUGCUUUCUCAUUUUCAAUGUGUAUAGUGGGACUAACUGUGCAUGGCAGUGACAAUUUGGCACCAUUUUUGAGAAAGGCAUACCAUUUUUUACCCAAAUGGGCUUGAUUCUGUAGAGUAGUCUGAGAAGAAUAUUCCAAUGAGAUGUCCCUAAAGUGAAAUGUUCACCUCCUUCUGCAUUCUGGGUUUGGAUGUUUGUUGCAGAAAUUUAUAAUGGGUACAUUGGCAAGCAAAAUUUGCUUUCUUCUCACUCUUUUAGUCAGUAAGUCAGUAAAAGACAUAUUUUUU